AUGGUAUGUAGGGUGUUGCCAUCGCUUAUAUGUUGGGGGCUGUGGAAGGCUCGUAACAUGGCUAUGUACGAGGAGAUAACAGUGUCACCGGCACAGGUUUGCAGGGAUGUUCAAGACCUGUUGCUUAGCAUGUCUCAGGUUCGGCCUUUCGUCCAGGUGACACGGGAUGACUGGGAACUGGCCCACUCGGGCUUAAUACUUUGCAUGGAACGGACGAAGUCCGUGCUGCCACGCUGGGUUGCAUGGUCGAGGCCAUCUGCCGGGUAUGUCAAGUUAAAUAUUGAUGGCUCUUCUCUGGAGAACCCAGGACACUCUGGAGCGGGAAGGGUUUUUCGUGAUUCAAGUGGUAACAUCCUUUGUGGUUUCUCGUUGUUUUUGGGAUCCCGGACAAACAUGGAAGCGGAGGCCAUGGCAUUACUGGAGGGUUUGUUGCUCUCCGAAAACUUUCUUUCUUUAAACGUUGAAAUGGACUCUCAGGUAUUGCUGAAUAUGGUGAACGGUGAUGGUGGAGUUCCUUGGAAAUUAUGGCUUAGUAUCAAGUCUUUAGUGCUCGGUCGUCAAAUCACCUUCACCCAUGUUUACAGAGAGGCAAAUGCGGUAGCCGAUGCCCUGGCGCGUCUGGCAAGCACCACGCAUGUUUGUCAGUCCUUUCCCCCCUCCCCUUUGCCUGCCCAUAUACGGGGUCUAGCCCGCCUGGAUAGGAUACAGAUGCCCUAUGUCCGUGUGUCUUAG